AUGACAUCAGAAUCUGCUGGAAUUUUAUCAUCACCUGAUCGAUCAAGUUCACCAUCAUUAACAGAACAAAUCAUUCAUGAAUCUUAUACAACAAAUCAGAUAUUUAAUGAUUAUACCGGUGUAAUGUCACAACAGGUACGUUCACCUGGAAAACGACAAUUGACAAUCGAAGAAUCACUUGUAACUACUAAUGAUCCUAAACGUGUUUGUAACAGUAAUAAUUUUCGAGAACAGCUUGAUUUGGAAUUAGUAUCAUCAUCUGCCAUUACAACACCAUCGCCAUCAUUAUCAUCUUCUUCUUCUUCAAGCAUUACUGAUUCUCAAUCAUCUUCACCUUGUACACCACUUUCAGCUGAUGUUCUCAAUUGGCUAUCAAUAUUUUUAGCUAUGUCCAAUGAUGAUCGUAGUCGUGCUACCGAAGCACUUAUACAUACUUGUUCAACGAAUACACUUCAAUUAAAUCAUAUAAAAAAUCAAAUUGAACCAUAUUUUCAACGCGAUUUUAUUCGUGAUCUACCACGAGAAUUAGCAUUACAUGUACUUAAAUAUUUACCAGCAAAUGAUGUUGCACGAGCAUCACGUACAUGCCGAUCUUGGUAUGCAACAUGUAAUGAUAUAUUACUAUGGAAACGUAUAUGUCAUAGAAAAAAAAUUCCAUUAAAACAAUUACCAACUAUAUUUGAUGAUACAAUUGAUAAUCAAUGGAAACGUUCAUAUGCAUGUCAUAAACAUUUAGAAUAUGUAUGGCAACAUGGACAACCAUUACCAGAACCAUUAGUAUUACGUGGUCAUGAAGAUUUUGUUAUAACUUGUUUACAAUUUGAUGGAAAACGUAUUGUAUCAGGUUCAGAUGAUAAUUCAUUAAAGAUUUGGUCAAUUGCUACUGGAAAAUGUGAACAAACAUUAAUAGGACAUAAUGGUGGUGUAUGGUGUAGUGAAAUGACAGAUGAUUUAAUAGUUAGUGGAAGUACAGAUCGAACAAUUCGUGUAUGGAAUAUAAAUACAGGAAUUUGUCAACAUAUUUUAUAUGGACAUACAUCAACAGUACGUUGUUUAGCAUUACAUGGUGAUAUUGUUGUAUCUGGUUCACGUGAUGCUACUGUUCGUGUAUGGAAUAUUCGUACAGGUGAACGUCUUCAUAUGUUAAGUGGUCAUACAGCCGCUGUACGUUGUGUAUGUUACAAUGGAAAAUAUGUAGUAUCAGGUGCAUAUGAUCAUACUAUACGUGUAUGGUUACCUGAUCAAGAACGAUGUGUACAUACACUUGAAGGACAUACAAAUCGAGUUUAUUCUCUUGUCUUUGAUGGUAAACAUAUUGUAUCCGGUUCAUUGGAUUGUAUGAUACGUGUAUGGGAUGUUGAACAAGGCACAUGUAUACAUCAGUUAACGGGACAUUUAUCAUUAACAAGUGGAAUGCAAUUACGUGGAAGUAUACUUGUUUCUGGAAAUGCUGAUUCGACAGUAAAAAUUUGGAAUAUUGAAUCUGGAAAAUGUCUACAUACACUUGCUGGAAGAAAUAAACAUGCAUCAGCAGUGACGUGGGUUCAAGUUGUAAUGAAUUAUGUUGUUAGUUCAGGUGACGAUGGAACUGUUAAAUUAUGGGAUUUAAAUACAGGAGAUUUUAUACGAAAUCUUGUUACACUUGAAUCAGCUGGCAAUGGAGGUAAAAUAAUAUAUAUAUCAAAAAUAAUUAUUAGUUUACGAAAUAUGACUUUGAAGAAGUGUUGA